AUGACCUCCUACGUUGUUUACCAGCAGCUCCCCCAUACCGCCGAAGAAGAAAACUACGACGACAUGGAUGAUGGAUUCACCAUAGCCCAGGGUCCCUCCUCAUACCGAAUGGUGUACAGCUAUGCAGACUAUUAUGAGAGCAUGGACUGCAAGUUCAAAGGGCAAUCUGUCGCCUCGUGUUUCCUGUCCCAGCACGACACAACGACUACUAAUGUCGAUAGCAUUGUCACCACUGCUACUGACAUGCCCUUUUUUCCCGUCACCAUCACCGCAACCGAGAGCGGAGCCGCCAGCGUUGCUACAAACAAGGCGACUGCGACCCCUAUCUUGGCGACUGUGUCCACACCGACCGUCACGGCAGCGUCGACGUUGUCAAAUUCAGCGUCCCAGUCUUCCGCGUCCUCCAGUGAUUCACCCAGUGGCACUGAAGCCACCGCCUCCUCAACCGGCAGCAGCAAUUCUGCUAUGGCCCAGGUGACCGGGAAGGCGCAUUGGCUUGUGGGUGGUGCAGCUAUGGCGCUCGCACUGGCAAUGGCUUAA